UGUCGCGGCUGUGGGACAACAGCAGCAGCAGCUUACCGGUAUUAGCGCCUGCUGCUCCCUCUGCCCCCCCGGGGUGGGUGUGCAUCGUCGUAGCUGCUACUGUCUCUUUAAAUUUACCCAGGAGCCCCUUAAGGAGCCCCAGGGGCCCCUAGUCCGGCUCCCCACCCUGAAGACAAGCAAGAGCCUAAAAAUUCAUGAGUAGAGGCCUGAGCCGAGGCGCCUCCACCGAGCACCGCGGAGCAGCGGCCCUUUUCGCCGGUGGAUUUAUGAUUGUGUGCUUGCAUGAAAAGUUAACUUGGCUCCCGUGCGGGGCGCGUGGGGGGACCGCGGAGAGCACGGGCUCCUCGGCGGUGGGCUCGUUAUAGAGCGCCUGGCAGAUGCGUGUCGAACGCUGCGGAGCGGCGAGAACGUGUUGUUGUUGUCAGGGUGACAUGCCCCACGACGGCGACACGACCCACUGAACGAAGCACCGCCAACCACGACUAAAGCGAGAGCAGCGAUCCAGUGAUGGAAGAGAAAGGAGCGGGGCAGGGGCAGCCCGUGAAGCUCCGCUGUGCCUAUCAGCCGGAGCUGCUCUCAUUAAUGACAAGCGGGCAGGAGGAAACCACGCAGGAGGAGAGCGAGUUAGUAGACGGUCUUGCCAAUGGCCAUGGAGAGGUGGAAUCAGAGAGCGGUGUGGCCACGCCUGUCAGGUCACCAAGCACCAGCUACUGGAGCAUCACAGAGAGCCCAGAUCACCCCCUCCUCCUCUCCCUGGCCCCGGGGCCCUCUGGAGCCAAACCCAGGGUGCAGAGAGCCUCGCGUCCAGGCCUGAGCCGGAUUCCAGGCCGUGACCACCGCCGGUACUACCACGAGUACUGGCGCAGCGAGUACCUGAUGGACUUUGACCCCCAGAGGCACGGCAUGAUCUGCAUGGUGUGCGGUAGUUCAUUGGCCACUCUGAAGCUCAGCACUAUCAAGAGGCACAUCAGACAGAAGCACCCAGACUCCCUGCUGUGGAGCGCUGCUGACAAAGAGGUGAUCCGCUCGGGGUGGGAGAGCCACCUGAGUUUGGGGGGAGGGCAGAAGUUAUACAGCCCUGCUUCGGCACCCUCACUCCAGGGCGAAGAGGACACUAGGCACUCAGGUCACCAGACUGGAGCAGAAACUGCAGACCCUGUGACAGCCCAGGAGCAAACGCAGCAGCCCAUCAGCCUGACUCCCUGCUCUGUGGAGGGCGAAGCCCCGCAGCCUAAAGAAGAGGAGCAGUACCUGCCCGAGCCGUCAGCGCAGAUCUUGGAACGCUAUCUGAACGACUCGCUGCAUGCCUGGUUCCGUCAGGAGUUCUUGAUGGAGUACGAGUCUCAUGCCGGUCGGCUGCUGUGCAUGGUGUGUGGAGCGGUGCUGCCCUCGCUUCACCUGGACCACAUAAAGAGCCACCUGCUGGACACCCACCCUAACUCACUGGUGUACAGCUCUGAGGAGAAACACUGCAUCCUUCAGGCCUGGACUCAGACUCACGCAGAAGAAGCGGAGCACUCAAACAAAUCAGAGACCAACACCAAAGAUGGCACUGUGGGGCUCUUCUCUGAGGACGUGGAAACCAUCCAGAUCAACACUGACGUGUACACGGAGGGCGACGGCACUUUCACUCAGGACACUUGUCUUAUUGGUGAGGACGGCGGUGUCGGAGUUCCCCAGCAGGGUCUGCAGCCCUUCCGGCAGCCUAAGAAGAGGAGGCUACACGGGGGCGACCCGUGGCGGCUGCGUCUGGACUAUCUGGUGGCCUACGGGCCUCAAGGCCAGGGCAUGUUCUGUAUGGUGUGUUCUCAGGUCCUGCAUGAAACCAAGGUUAGCAGCUUCCGCCGCCACAUCCAGGAAUGUCACCCGGAGACCACAACCCUGAGCCGACAGGAAAGGGAAGCCAUGGCUGCAGCCUGGACCAAAGAUUACCCCAGUGAAGGCAUGCAGAUCCAAGAUGAAAUCAACCCCAGUGAAGUUGAUGUCCUCAGUACCGCAGGAGAGACAAAUGAAGACGCCUCCCCUGAUGUCAAAAUACCCAGCAAACUGGUGAUAAAGGAGGAAGCUGUGGGCGAAGCCAAGGGCAAAUCAAAGGAUAGCAGCGCUGCAAACACACCUUCUCGUCAUGGUCAUUACCCCGGCAAGGACCAGAGGAGGAACUACCAGGUGCGCUGGCGGACGGAUUACUUGAUGGAUUACGACUGUAGGAGGCACGGGCUGAUCUGCAUGGUGUGUGGAGCCACUCUGGCCACACUGAAGGUCAGCACUAUUAAAAGGCAUGUUCAGCAGGUCCACCCUCACUCGCUGUAUUUCAGCGCAGUGGAAAAGCAGCAGGCCCUGCAGAGCUACAACCAGACUGCCCUGCAUUUCAUCCAUUCUGACGACUGCUUUUCACCCCGGGACCACGGACAUACUGAGCUGGCCCCCACUUCAGCACACUUGGACACUUAAGAAGGGCUUCUGUCUGUUGCUCCUUACAUGACUUCAGAAACAGCCCUCCUUGUUCUCUUGAAGGGAAAUUCAGGUAUUUGUAAUUUGUAAAAGACUGCAAUUUCCCUUUAAGUCGGCAUCUGGGAGUACUGCUGUGGCUAAAGGACAAUAACGGGUGUCACAUGGGAAUCGACAACAAUACAAAUAUCGCGCAGCCUAAAACAAAAUCAAAGUGCAGCCACUCAUUUGAAACUAAAGCUUUUUUGCACAUCGCCUGUUUUACCUGAGGACCUCACAAGAUUUGGGGAAAUUAUUGCUUUAGAUGUACAAAAUGUAUGUUUUGCUUAUGUAUUUAUUUCCUAGCUUUGUAUCUGUUGGUACUUUAAAUAUAAAUCAACAUGAACCCAAGUGGGUGGUCCUCUGGCGCAAUCGGAUAAUAUCUCUGAAUCUGCGGACACAAACUGUAGAGUAACGCUAAGAUACUUUUAAAAAGUAAUUUAUAGAAAAAUGAGAUGGGGCUCAUGCUAUCGGUCCAGUCACAUUCACUGCUAAUGUGGCUAACAUUGAACAUAGAUGGAUCUUCUUUUUGUUGGGGGGACAUUCGCUUUUCACAUCCCAAGAAUUGAUGCAGUGUUCUCUUUGGCAGCCAACAACAAAACAUUUCUGCUUUGCUUCUAGCUAGCUGCUAGCAGCUAGCUGCAUGUGAAUUUAAUCUGCUCCUUAGCCUUUUUGGGCGUACCAAACUAGCUGCUAAUGUGCUAAUAAGCCAGUUUUGUUCAAAGUAGAUGGGGUCCCCAGGUACAGGCGCAUACAGAGCAGCAUUUAUGAUGCCGACAUUUAACAGCCAAGCCUACUAGUUAUGUUUAUGUCAGAAUCAUAUCAAUGCAUGGACUUAAUACUUUGUGAAGUUUGACCAAGGCAAGAUAUUAGCCGUGUUGCACCUGCAGCUUUCAGCUGCAACUGCUCCUCUGGAGAAUAAAAUGCCCCACAAAAGAACUGAAAGUAAUGGGACAGUUAUGUCUUUGAUAACCUUUUGCCUAAUUAUUUAGCUUGCUAACUGGCAGGUAGCAGUUUCCUACCAGCUAACGUAGCGGCACUGUUACGUUUGAUGUUCUGAUUCCUGUCCUCCAAAAAGGAAAGCUUUACUGAAUGCUGAAUGCUUUGAUUUUAGUGUAAACACAACAAAGAUUUCCAGUGUAAACAUCCCAAAAUGGCAACAAACUCCUCAAAUUCCACUUUGAGGUCACCAGGGCCACCCUCUUCCUGGGCUAGCUAGCGCGCAGACAGAAUUAGCAGUUCAUGUUGUGCGUCUCAUGCGGGCUGGUUCAGGAAAAACAGAAGUAACUUUCUGGUCUGAAUCAAUGUAAAUGUGGAAGAUUUAAACACGGAUACUCGUUCACAGCAGACAUGUUUGGUUUGUCAGAGGAGGAAAAGGUCAGGCAAGCUCGGAGAGGACUUCUAGUACCGAUGCCCUAUUUUGCAUUUCUAAAGAAAGGCAUUCAGUUAUGCAAUAAAAUAUAAUAACUUAUCGAUCCUACGCUUGAUCUCGCCACAAAGUUUCAUGAUGCUCGGCAGUGCUCGCUAACAGACAAAAGGGGUGAGCAAGUUGCUGACUGAGUGAGUGGAAAUGAGCCAUUGGUUUCCCUGCUGCAAGUCAAAAUGUUUGUUCCUUUGAUACCCAACGAGUAUCUGGACUUUAGCACUUAUGGCACAGUGAACUCCUGGAAAUGUGGCAUUGUGGGGGCCUGAGUCUUCUCUCAGGAAGUAAGAAACAGAGUGCUCAGUGAGGCGAACAAGAAAACUGAGUCAAAUUUAAGACAACUCAGCACUUUGUCCCCUAAAAUGUACUAAACCCCAAAUGUCCUUGUGUGCAUCCAAUAGAAUUAAACUAUGUUUGGUGUUAUUGCUGAAGACAAUGAAUGGCAGCGUGCAGUCACUGGGUUCACAUCACUCCAGUCUAUUUAAUCUCUUGUUUACAGAGGAGGAAGAGGAGGCCCUCUUCUCACUUAUCCUCAGCAUUUGGCAUCAACAUCAGCCUGAAUCAUUUUGUUAGCUAAAAGCUGUACAAAAAUAUGUAAAUAUGAAUGAUUAUUUCUUUAUAUGAGCACUUUGAUGCAGCCUGGUUUCUACAGUCUCUGUUUGUAAUUAUAUCCAGUUUUUCUACCUUAUUCCAAACAGCGUCAUUUUUCAACACUUGGAGCGAAGCUCGUUGAACUUCUGCCUUCACUUUGAAUCCCUCGCUUCAGCUCUGGUACCGCUUCAUAUUUUUCGUUCACUGUACAAAGUUUAUGCAACGAAGAAAACUGAAGAUUAAUUAUUUGGAAAAGAAAAGUCUGCCAUAACCAGUUCUUCACCUGGAAAUUGUACCUCAGGGAUUUUGUUUUCAUCGACAGCCCUUUCACAUAAUCGUUCUCACCUUGUAGGCUGUCGAUGUACUGAUGGAAGAGUCAGGAUUGGUUGUACAGGUGGGAGAAAUAUGAGAACCUGGGCCACUGAAAACAGAAGUCUAAAAAUGUUACUUUUUUAUUGUAUUUUUAAGAAGUUGUGCUUUCA